AUGGGUUCGAAACCAAAGGAGGACUCAAGACCAACAACGUGCGAAGAACUCACUAGAAAGCUGCCCAAAACUGUUCCAAAACAAAACCACUUGCAACCAGUAGAGUUCUUCAAUUUAUCAUACAACAAUGAUGCCUACUUAGAUGAGAUCAGAUAUAUUCACUCUCCAAAGGAUUUAUGUAAAAGGAAAUCAGAGGAGGAGAAACUUAUUUUGAUCGUCGUUAUUUCCGAUACUUUAGAUAGUGGUCAUAUCUUCAGGAGGGCUAUACGAGCCACAUGGGCAAAUAUAACAGAACACAAUGGCUGGUCUAUAAGAACUGCCUUUAUACUUGGAAAAUCACUCAACGCUGACAGAAUGGCAAACAUUUCACACGAAAGUCAACAAUAUAGAGAUAUAAUUCAAGGAAGUUUUGGAGAUGGCUACUUUAAUUUCACUGAUAAAACAAUGACAGGCUAUCGAUGGGCCCAACAAUUUUGUCAACAUGCUUCGCUCAUCAUGCGGGUUACGCAUGACACAGUAGUAAAUAUCCCUCAAUUACAAAUUUGGGGAGAGUUGUUUCAUACAAAGAAGAAAACUAGAAUUUACUUAGGUGAAAUCUAUAGGUAUGCCAAGCACGUUAAAGAAGGAAAAUAUAUGUUCACGAGUCCCAUUAAAUGGCCCAUUAAAAAGUACUCGCCAUAUGCAGCAGGUCCCGGUUUUGCUGUCUCCAUGGAUUUAGCUAUUGAUCUGAAUGCUAUGUUCUGUAGGACUCCAUUCAUUUUUCCAGAUGAUAACUAUAUUGGAGAAUUGACUGAUGCUUUAGGUAUACAGCCAUACCCUUCGUUCAAAUUCCAACAAGAUCAUUUAUUCAUGAAGACGGACUUUCACAAGAUCAGAAAGAAACAUACAACUGUUCACUUUUUAAAGUGGGAUUCAAAAAAAGUUGAAGAAAACCCUAGAGCUCUCCACAAGGAAAUGAAAAUGGUUUAUGAUGCUCUGAUGCAUAAUUAAACAAGUGGAAUCAGAUAAAACAAUAUCUAACAUUGAUUCAAUAAUUUUGUAUAUUCAUUGAAUUUGACUAUACGGUCACUGACGCAAAUGUUAAAGGUCCCAUGUAAGCUUAGAGUUUAAAAGAGUACUUUUAUCGUUCACAUACAUAAUUGGGGAAAAAGUUGCCAGCUUUCGUUUCUCAAAUAUUCAAAUUUCCCACCAUUUUUCUAAUCCUUCAAAAUACAUUUUUUGAAAUAAAAAAAAGGUUUACAUGUCACAUUUUGAUAUCAUUGGGUAAAAAAUGGUUUAAACUUUAUAUGGAGUCUUAAACGUCAUGCCGUCCUAGAGAAUCCC